GUUGCACUUGGUGGUGCUACAGGAAAAUGUAGCCUGAAAACAAAGGCGGUUGUCAGCGUUAUGUGACAGCUAACAACUCGGGGCUCGCAGACUAACUUUACCCGGGCUUUUGUUUGCCUCUGUGAUGGAAAAUGAAGCUGAUGUCUUUUAUCGGGAGCUGCCAAAAGUGGAGCUUCACGCUCACCUCAACGGAUCCGUCAGCUCCCAAACCAUCGAGAAACUCAUCGUCCGAAAACCGCAUCUCAACAUUGAACACAGCAUGACUGCUAUCGGCAAAGGCCAGCGGAGGACACUGGACGAGUGUUUUCAGGUGUUCAAGGUCAUCCAUCAGCUGGUGGACACCGAGGAGGAUAUCCUGAUGGUGGCUACAGAUGUUAUCAAGGAGUUUGCUGCUGAUGGUGUCAAAUAUUUAGAACUGAGAAGUACCCCAAGGGAGGAGAAAAACACAGGGUUGUCAAAGAAAGGAUAUGUAGAAACUAUCAUCAAAGCCAUCCAACAGUGUAAAAACGAGGGAGAGGACAUUGAUGUCCGGUUUCUGGUGGCGAUUGACCGCAGGAAUGGGACUGAAGUAGCAAUGGAGACGGUGAAGCUGGCUGAGGAGUUCAUGCUGUCUUCUGGUGGUUUGGUGGUGGGACUCGACCUCAGUGGAGAUCCAACGGUUGGCCACGGCAAAGACCUACUUCCUGCUCUACAGAGGGCCAAGAACUGUGGGCUGAAGUUGUCACUGCACCUCUCAGAAGUACGGUCACAGCUGGAGGAGUCAGAUUUGCUGUUGAAUCUUCCUCCAGACAGGAUCGGUCACGGCACCUUCUUGCAUCCGGAAGUGGGUGGAUCUCAAAGUCUUGUUGACAAAGUAGUGAAGAACAACAUACCGCUGGAGCUAUGUCUGACAUCAAAUGUCAAAGGACAAACUGUACCGUCAUACUCCAAACAUCAUUUUGAAUACUGGUACCAGCUGGGACAUCCAAGUGUGAUUUGUACUGAUGAUAAGGGAGUCUUCUGCACAGACUUGUCUAAAGAAUAUCAGCUGGCAGCUUCCACGUUUGGUCUCAGUCGUGAAGCUGUAUGGAAGCUCUCCCAGCAGGCCAUAGACUGUAUCUUCGCACCAGACACUGUGAAACAGCAGCUCCGGCAGAAGUGGGUUGAUCUACAGCCUCAGGUGUUCAAGUGACCUGUUCAGUGGAACUUAAAACCAAUAUACCUCACAUUUCAGUUUUAAAAACAUCUCUGUUAACCUUUUUACAAGUCUUUGUAGAAAUCAUGACCUCAACUAAAAAGGGAACUCUUAAAAAAUACUGUGAAAAUGUUUGAAAUACUCAAUAGUAAAGGAAUACCCAUUUA